AAACUCAAUUGGUUAAUUUUUGCUACUUAUUUACUGUUGAAAAUCUACGGGGACACAAGCGAAAUGUUUGAAGAUGAAAAGAAAUUCUCGGUGAGUUCGCAACCAGAUCCGAUUCUUCGUAUAGAACGACCGGGAAUGCACUGUCGCAAUAAAGUACCGACGAUGAAGAGGAUUCGGGAAUGGGAAGCGGAGCGCAAGAAGAACAUCGACAAAACGCAAUCCACAACGAUCGAAGAAGCGGGGAAGGAGAGAAAAAUGCCAUGGUUUUUCUACAUGUUCAAGAAGUGCUCCAUGCAAUCGUCUAAUUGAAUUUCACCUGUUAUUAAAAGAAGUGAAGAAAGUUUGUGACAUUCGAAACAGCUGUAAAUACCAUUGUUAUCUGCGCACUUGAAGUAGGUGAUGUUUACGAAGCGAAUAAGAUUAGAUUAAGUCGAAAAAUUCUGUGAUAUAAGAAAAGUGCA